AUGGCUAAGGCACAUGCAUUGGCUGCAGCAUUGUUGCUUGUCAUGUCGGUGUCCCUCUCCGCACUAGGGGGUGUUCAUGGCGUUUGCGGCAUGUCAAAUGAUGAAUUCAAGCUUUGCCAGCCCGCGGCGGCAGUGAAUAACCCGACAGACAGUCCGUCGGCUGAUUGUUGUGCUGCGCUUGGGAAGGCCAACCUAUCAUGCAUCUGUCGGUACAAAGGCAACGCCGGCAUAUGGCUGAGAAAGUACCACAUCGACGCAAAGCGCGCCUUGGCCCUGCCCGGCAAGUGCGGUCUCACCAUGCCCAACAACUGCUCGUGA